CAAAUAUAUAUUUUAGAGAUUCACAGAUUCACAGGUUCACUGCACUGCAGGUGAGGUUAGCAAACCUCCCCACUCUCUCUGAUUCCGUAGACCACAAACACCGUUUGGUUAGAGCCCUCCAUGAAUGAAUCAUAAGCGUAAUGCAGGCGCAUUUCCUAUUGGGGCCGAUCCCCAUACCCAUUUCCUCUUCUUCUUCCGUCAUCGGUUUCUACUCCUCCAUCAUCGCCGAUUCCCUUCCCCGGACUUACCCCUGCAACCCCAUUUCCAAAUCAACCCUUCCCCUUCCCCUUCCCCGAUCCAACUCCAUCGUCUCUUCUUGGUCCGCUGCCAUUGACGGCGACCGCAACCAUUACGAGCUACUCGGCGUCGCUCGUGCUGCCUCCUCGAAGGAGAUCAAGAAAGCUUUCCGUCUGCUCGCUCGCAAGUAUCAUCCUGAUGUUAGCAAGGAUUCACGAGCAGGUGAUGCAUUCAAGAGCAUACGUCAUGCAUAUGAGGUAUUAUCCAAUGAAGUGACGAGAGCUCAGUAUGACCGAGCGUUGAAACUUCAAGAAACUACCGACAGGCGAUACAGAGGAAAGUGGUAUUAUACUCCUGAUUUUGAAGAAAGACAGAAAACCUAUAGAUGGACUGAACUGAAGCAAAAGAUUCAGUACGAAAGAUAUCAUAAAUAUAAUAAAUAUCGACAGGAUUCUGCUCGCAUUGAUGAAGAGGAGGGAGAAAGCGACGGCCAACUUAGAAGCCCCUUCCUAGAAGUACUUAAAUCAACAUUUCUGUCAUUAUUUUUACUACAAAUGUUUGGCUCCCGAUUGUCACUCACCUUUAGCAGCCUGGUGGCACUGCUCGACAGGAAGUUGGAUUGGGGAUAUAAGAUAGGGUAUGUAAUUGCGUGGCUUUUAGGUGGAAGGGCAGGUGUUUUACUAGCUAUAUGCCUCUCAUUUGCAAGCUGGGUAUGUGGGAAAAGUAGCAGCAGUGUAGUUGCUGUUGUGGUAGUGGCUAUGUGGGUGGGAACAAAUCUUGCAAGAUAUGCACCACUUCCUCAAGGAGCUGUUCUUACACUUCUGUACAUGUCCAUCAAACUUCAAGUUGAUUUGAACUGAAGUUGAAACUUGUACUUGCAAACAGAGGUGUGUACAUAUGGCUGUUUUAUAUGCUUCGUGUUCGAACACGACUCAUAAAAGUGGCAAUGGUAGGUUUAACGUUAGUUCGUUUGGAGUUAUGUUCAAAUUAUGUGGAAGUGUUCGAACAAUUUUAGAUAUUUAUGUGUACAGCAAGCGUCUUUGUGAUGUGUAAAUUACUAAAUUUUAGUGAUGUAAAAAAAAAAAAAAGUUGGUAUUGGUGUUA